AUGGUGCGAAGGGGCGCACCCGCAACGGGCGCGGCGGCUUUUCGCCCUGCAGUCCUUUCCAUGGCACGACUCGCCAGCGUGAGCAUCUCAGCCGUUGCCGCUGCUCCCCUGACCUCUUUUGAGGCCGAGCAUCACGAAGAGGACCCGACACCUAUCUGGGUCCUGGCUGUCGCUUCGAUAGCUCUCACAUUGGUUGGAGGUGUCUUUGCGGGUCUUACAAUCGCAUUGAUGGGCCAGGAUAGCAUCUAUUUGCAGGUUCUCUCUGGCGAUCCGAGCGAACCUCAACACAAGAAUGCUAAGCGUGUUCUUGAGCUCUUGGGCAAAGGCAAGCACUGGGUACUCGUCACCUUACUUCUGUCUAAUGUCAUUGUCAACGAAUCGCUGCCGGUGGUGCUUGACCGCACUUUGGGGGGAGGAGUCGCGGCUGUUGUUGGUAGCACGGUCCUCAUCGUUAUUUUUGGCGAAAUCAUUCCCCAGGCUGUCUGUGUCAGGUACGGCCUCCCCAUCGGCGGCUACAUGUCCAAGCCUGUCCUCCUCCUCAUGUAUCUUAUGAGCCCACUCGCAUAUCCCACCGCCCGACUAUUGGACUGGAUCCUAGGCGAGGACCACGGUACUACAUACAAGAAGAGCGGGUUGAAGACCUUGGUUACUCUGCAUAAAUCGUUGGGAGAGCUUUCCGAGCGUCUGAACCAGGAUGAAGUCACGAUCAUCACUGCUGUUUUGGACUUGAAGGACAAGCCCGUUGCUGAGGUCAUGACCCCGAUGAAGGAUGUCUUCACGCUCUCCGAGGACCAUGUUUUGGAUGAGAAAACCAUGGACAAGAUCCUCUCUUCGGGUUACUCACGUAUCCCCGUUUAUCGAACCGGCCACAAAUCCGACUUUGUCGGCAUCCUCCUCGUCAAGACCUUGAUUACGUAUGAUCCCGAAGAUGCCAUUCCCGUUCGUGACGUACCUCUGGGUGCCGUUGUUGAAACUCGCCCCGAAACAAGCUGUCUGGACAUCAUCAACUUCUUCCAAGAAGGAAAGUCGCAUUUGGUUCUAGUCUCGGAAUUUCCCGGUGGAGACCAUGGGGCUCUCGGUGUUGUAACUCUGGAAGAUGUCAUUGAGGAACUGAUUGGAGAGGAAAUUGUGGACGAGUCUGACGUUUACGUGGACGUUCAUAAGGCGAUCCGACGCUUAACUCCCGCACCCCGUGCCCGCCGGAUUGAGGCUGCCGCCGCCGUUGCGGCAGCAAAGAAGACAACAGAACAUCCCGUUCUCGUCGAUAUUGCCGAGGACACCGUGGGUAACACUCUGCAGGUCGGCUCUCUGGGCGCGAUGAGCGACAGUGGAGGCCAGGACAAACGACCGAGGACGGCCAUUUUCCUGAAACGCCGCAGUUCAGUCGGCCCCGAUGGCCGUUUGGAAGACCACCCUGUACCCGUUGAGGCAUCUCUCGAAGAAAUGAAGCAGCAGCUUCGGCUCGGUCCCGCGAAUCGUGCGGCUAAUCCCCUCACCGCGAAGAAGAAUGUGUUCAAGAUUAAGCAGGGCCUCCACUCGAAUCAUGCCAGCCCCAGUGGUAGGGAAGAUCCUAUAUCUCUUGAUGUUAAGGCGAAAGGCGCUGCUAGUGAUGAGAGAACGCCGCUACUAAGUAAGCAGGCACAUGAUGAGGAUGGUCAAGGGUCGAAGGCGAACGGAGCUCGCGAUUCAUAG